AUGGAUCUUGAUGAUGUCGCGGUGGAUCUUGAAUUCUUGAUGAUGUCGGCUGCUACUUUGAGAGAGUUGAGAGAGAUUAGGUAUAUAACAGAUGUUAUUGGUUAUUUGAGUCGAUCAUUUCCAAAAGAGACUGUAACUAACAAAUCAACUGGAAAGCAGUCUGUUAAAGUUACUAUAGAGAUAUCUGAUCUGGAGGGUCGGACGGUAUUUCUUACUCUGUGGGAUCAAUACUGUGAUCAAGUUUUGUCGUUUUUUGAGAGUAUCAAAGGAAAAAUGUUCAUGCAAUCAUUAUAUUGCAGGGUUGCGUAUGUUAACAAUUCAUACACGGUUAGUCGUCUUUUUUGCAAUCAUGAUUGUCCUGAAGUCGAUGAGUUCAGAAACAGUUUGUUUGCAAAUUCUAUUGAAGUCAGUGAAUCCACGAGCCUUGGUUCCAUGGCAAAAUCUGUUGAAGAGGAAAUCUUGCAGAGCAAAGAUUUUUUCAAUAUUUGUGAUGUCUUUUCGCUUAAGACGGUUUGCAAGGUCAUUGUUCUGGGUAAUAUACUGGGUGUUUACAAAGAUGAAGGAUGGUUCUAUGAGGGUUGUAAUAGAUGUAACAAUAAGAUCAACAAAGUUGUUAAUCUGAGUGAGGACACCCAGGAAUCAGGUUCAGCUGUUACAAAGGAGGUUCUUACCUGUCUAUCUCAUCGUUGUGCUUUUAAAACUAUAACUUCUUCUCUCAAGUUUAAGAUUCAACUUAGAGUUCAAGACCCUUCUGCUUCUGUUACACUUACUUUGUUUGAUCGUGAAGCACGGAAGUUAUUAGGAAAGUCUGUUGAUGAUAUUCUUACUACCAACCUUGAAUUUCGUUCUGAUUCCAUGAAGAUUCCUGCUGAAGUAGACGCAUUGGUUGGCCAGACUGCUGCUUUUAAAAUAGACGUUACUAGCUACGUCUUGAAGUAUAACAUCCAUAAGUAUGGUAUACUCAAGCUGAGUGUGGAUCCUAACGUUAUAUCUGUACUUCAAGAGAAGCAAUCCUCUUCACAGAUAACUGACUCUGGUGCCAAACGAACCGAAAACACUACUCCUGUAUCUAACAUGGCGAGCACCGUUUCACCUGUUUCAUUGGAUGUCACUGAUACUCCUGAUUCCAUGUUAGCUAAGGAUGAAGUGAAGCGAAACUUGGUUCAAGUCUAUGAUGUUGAAGAAGAUUCUCACACAUCUGCAACGAAGCUCCAUAAGUCUGGCGAGGUUAAGGAUGUCAAUAGUGCAGAGAAGAGGAACCUCUUAAUUCCUAAAGUUGAGAAAUAG